CGAAAGAAAAAGCCAGAGCACUAGCGUGGGAAGGACUGGUAGUUUUCUUUUCUUCAAGCCAGGCUUUCUUCCUUCCUUGCUAAAACCAAAAGCAAAAGCAAUCCUCCGUCGACUCUACCACAAUCUAAUAUGCCGCCGGAAGAGAACCAGGUUCCGUUACUUUCCGACCAGGACUCGGACCAGGAUGUAGCGUAUGAGUCCGGUGAAAAAAUCCACAUCAUCGGAAUCAACGAGCCGGACGAGGAAGGCUCACUGGGUGUCCCACCUUUUUCCUGGAAAAAGCUGUGGCUCUUCACUGGACCGGGUUUUUUAAUGUCAAUAGCGUUCCUGGAUCCCGGGAACUUGGAAGGGGAUCUUCAAGCUGGAGCUAUAGCCGGUUACUCUUUGCUGUGGCUUCUGAUGUGGGCUACGGCUAUGGGGUUGUUGGUUCAGCUGUUGUCUGCGAGGCUUGGCGUGGCGACGGGGAGACACUUGGCUGAGCUGUGUAGAGAAGAGUAUCCGACUUGGGCUAGGAUGGUUUUGUGGGUGAUGGCAGAGUUGGCUUUGAUUGGAGCUGAUAUACAAGAAGUUAUUGGAAGUGCUAUUGCUAUUAAGAUUUUGAGUAAUGGUGUUUUGCCUUUGUGGGCCGGUGUUGUUAUUACAGCUUGUGAUUGUUUUAUCUUCUUGUUUCUUGAAAACUAUGGAGUGAGGAAGCUGGAAGCAUUUUUUGCAGUCCUCAUUGCAACUAUGGCAGUGUCAUUUGCUUGGAUGUUUGGUGAAACAAAACCCAGUGGCUCCGAACUUCUUCUUGGUAUUUUGAUUCCAAAACUCAGCUCCAGAACCAUACAGCAGGCUGUGGGAGUUGUGGGCUGCAUUAUCAUGCCUCACAAUGUAUUCUUGCACUCUGCUCUUGUGCAAUCACGAGACAUUGAUCACAGCAAGAAAGGCCGGGUGCAGGAAGCUCUUAAUUACUACUCAAUAGAGUCCACUGCUGCUCUAAUAAUUUCAUUUAUAAUCAAUCUGUUUGUUACAACUGUCUUUGCCCAAGCAUUUUAUGGGACAGAAGUAGCCGAUAGUAUUGGCCUUGUGAAUGCUGGGCAGUAUCUUCAAGAAAAAUAUGGAGGUGGAGUAUUCCCCAUUUUGUACAUCUGGGCUAUUGGAUUGUUAGCAGCUGGACAAAGUAGCACAAUCACUGGCACUUACGCUGGGCAGUUCAUUAUGGGAGGUUUCUUGAACCUGAGGUUGAAAAAAUGGCUAAGAGCAUUAAUCACUAGGAGUUUUGCAAUUAUUCCUACUAUUCUAGUUGCUCUUAUUUUUGAUACUUCUGAAGCAGCACUAGAUGUCUUAAAUGAAUGGCUCAAUGUGCUUCAGUCAAUUCAGAUCCCUUUUGCCCUUAUCCCACUUCUUUGUCUGGUAUCCAAGGAGCAAAUCAUGGGUACCUUCAAAAUUGGCCCUGUGCUCAAGACAGUUGCAUGGCUUGUCGCUGUGCUGGUGAUAGUGAUCAAUGGAUAUCUUUUAGUAGACUUCUUCUCCUCUGAAGUCACUGGUGUAAUGUUUGCAAGUGUAGUGUUUGCAUUUACAGGCGCAUAUCUUGCGUUUAUAGUUUACCUUGUUUCCCGGGGUUUUACUUUACCUGCUUGGCGCUGUUUGGUACAAUCUAAACAGACACAGGGAAUUGAAUGAUCAAUCUUCAACACCAAUGUCAAGGCAAGAGGAUCAGAAGCAUGAAAUACCUACUGCCAAUUCAUUUAGGGACCAUCAAACUGUUCUUUUACAGAUGAAUUCCUCUAGUUAAUGCAUAUCGUUUUGGCAUAUGCAUACUUAUAGGGACUUUAACUUUAUGUACAAAGUUCAUUUUAGCAAACAUACCAUGUCUGGAGUAUCGUUUUAAACAACACGGUAGUAGGUUCCAGAAUAUCCUUAAAGAAUACAUGUAUCAAUCCUGCCGCAUACAGAGGAUUGGAGAAAGUGAGACUAUUCUUUUGAAACAUUUGAAGGAGCCAAACUAUGUAAUGUUCCAUAAUGUAACUCAUAUUUUGUUCAAGCUAGCUAUAUGAGAAACAGCUUGGACAAACGAGUAUUUAAAUUGAUUAACUGUUGCAUUUGCCAUUUUGGGCAAUCAUUUA